AUGGCAAACUUAAAUGAUUCUUUAACCGUAAGUAUACAGUAAAAAAGUUUUUUUUAAUAAAUUGGCUUUUUUUAACUAGUAAAAGCAUUAUUUGAUAAAAUUAACAAAUAAGUGUAUUUUCUUGUUAUUUAAACUUUAGAAUCGUCUUCGUACAUACGAACAGGACUUGGAGAAACAUUUGAAAACCGUUUUGUUACAAUUAGAAGAACAGAUAAGAAAUACGGUAAGUAAGUACGAUGUUUUAUCUAAAUUUUAGGACCAAACAUUGAAACAAACAAAAAGAAACAAUGCUUCACUGCUUGCAAGAAAGCAUCCCCUUAAGCAAGAAAUUAAAAAAAUUAACAAAGAAGUGUCUACAAACAAUGAUGUAAAGAGAAGGCUUAAUGUUAAAUCUGAAAACGAUGUGGCAGCGCGUAUUAAAGCAAAUACUGUAUUAACAGAACUUAGAGAAGAUUUGAAAAAUGAGUUACUAAAAGGCAAGUACAAAUUGAUAGGUAUAGAAUGCAUAAAACAUAACCUACUGUUAACCAUAACGGUGGAAUUAAUGCUUUGUUAUUAUAAAUGUAAAAGAUAGAUUUUAAAUUCACAAAUUUAUAAUUAAAUCUUUCAGAAAAAGACUUGCGCUUCAACAUUGAUGAAAUUAACCAUCAAAUAAAUCUUGCACAGACGCAAGUUGACAGUGUGGCAUGGCCUGAAAAAAAUGACGUAAAAUUGCUGAAUUCGUUAGUAGGCAAGGCACAUCACAAUGUAAAAAACUUGGAGAAAGACAAACGAAUACAAGAUUCGUAUAUAGAGAGAUUACGCAGAGACGUUGAAAUUGCUGAAAACGAAUUAGAACAACUUGGAGUAACAACUCGGCAUUUAAAAUUGUAAAUUGUUAUAAAUAUUUUUAUACAUUUAUUUCAAUGUAUAAAAAGUAGUCGUUUAGUGAACAUGAUGACACAAAGGAGGAAUUUGUUCGCUUACAAGAUAAAUACAGUACAUUUCAAGCUGGGACAUUGCAACUAGAAGAUCAUUUCAACAAGUUGAUGAAAUCUUUAAAUGACAAUCGAAACAAAGUGCAACUAAUUGACAAAAGGAAAAAGUAAGGAGAAAAUUUAAUCAUUUUUAGUUAAUACUUACCUACCAUAUAAAAUAAUUGUUUUAGAGACUUGUCAAGUAACACCAUUGGAAACAAACAAAACGAUGUGGAAUAUUUAGCAACACAACGUGGUGCGGAACUAAAACGCCGUAUUUUGCGGCUUGCCGCAUUAAGGGAAAAACAAGAGGUUAAAAAUUAAAUUUUGUUAAACUUAUUUGAAACGCUCAAUUUUUAAUAAUUUAUUUUAAUACUGUUUAAAAAGUAAACAAAAAAUUAAUUUAAAAUUACACGUUUUUAGCAAAAGAUUAUCAAACGUACUGCAACUAACGCUCACAUUAAGACUGUUGUUAACCAACUAAAGCAAAGACAUAUUCCGUUGGUAGAACAUGAAUUGGAGGAAUCACAAAAAUGCAACAAAACAUUAAAAAGAGUAAGCAUGCAAACUUUUACAUGUUUCUUUUACAAUUUUAGCAAAGUAAUCAAACACAACAUGAACACUCUAACGCCCAAAGCCAAAAAAAUACAUUUUUAUCUCCAAACGAGGUGCAGACAAUUUCAUCUCAAUUUGAAAAUAUGGAAAAACUGCUUUUUUAUAACAGUUUUAAAUUAAAAUCGUACCUGUUCGUAUUGGAAGAACUCAACGAAUUGCUGAAUCGACGACAAGAAGUAGUAAGUUAACUAUAGUAUAUAAAAAGAGUCAUUUAGGAUAAACUGUUUACCAAUUCUUACGACCCAAGCAUUGAAACAACGGCAUUAAAACGUUCGAAAUCAGACAUUCUUGGCAACAGAUACAAUCAAAAAAACUACAAAAAUGUCAGAGAUUCAAUUACACAAUUAGUUCGUAAGAAGAUAGCAUUGGAGUAUAGAAAAAAGCGUAUUGAAAACAAAGUAAGCAAACGUAAUUUUUUUUGCAUUUAUAUUUUUUUUAAUCUCGAACCUUUUAAACGUAAAAAGAAAAUUUAGAUCAUUAUUUCGGACACUCAGCAAAACCAAGUAAUUAGUGAAAUGAAUAUGUUAAAAAAUGAAGAAACCAUGGUUCAAAAAGCUCGUAACGAAAAAAGCCAAGGUAAAAAAUAAAUUCGUCAUAAGAAUUCAUGUAGGGUAUCCCAAAUGUCGGUAGCCCUAGUGUUCGAGGAGGGGGGGGGGAGGAGGGGGCAAACUAACAAGGAAAGUGCUCGACCUGCUCCGCUCUGAUUGACUUCAAACUUUUUAUAAAGAAAGAUCAUGUAAAUAUAAGAUCUUCAGCAAAGUACUAAAUCGCGCUUUCCAGGAAAUCUCGAGAAAAUCGAAAUUAAAAAAUGACAUUUUAAAUUUCCCGCCAACUUGGCAUUGUGUUUCAAGCUUGUAACUUUGUCAUUUGUUGACUGUUAAUAUUCCUCUUUGACAUACUAGUAGAAAACAUUCAAAUGAACCUAGAUUUUUAAAUUUGUAAACGUAUCUUGUCUGGAAAGCCGAAAAAGUGCAUGUAAACACAAUGCCAAAUUUGCCAAAUUGGCGGGAAACUCAAAUAAUAUAAACUUAAAACUCUAAAGCGCGAGCUAAAAUUUUUUAUGGUUACUAUUGGUAGUACAAAGAAUUCGUAUAAAAAUUUUGAGCUCAUUUUGAGCGGUGCAGGUAGGGUACUUUCCUUGUAAAUAUACUUCUGAAUAAGAAAAUUUUUAGCUAUGUCAAGAAAAUACAAAAACGAAGAAACGUCAAACAACAAUGACGAGAUGUUCAAUAAACGUAUACUGUACGCAGAGACACAACUAAUUCAUUUAAAAGAACUCUACAAUAGGUCAAAAAGAAAGUAUAAUGAAAUAUUGGAAUUAUGUGCGGACUACAACUGCAAACUUAAUAUAUUAGAAGAAGAAAACAACCUAGAAAAGAAAUAUGUUGAACAUUUACAAGAAAUACAUUUGCUACAAAAGCGACAUCAAUUUUUAGAAAAAAACAUAUGGACAGCACAAAAGGUAAAACCUCAACUCAAAUAAAUUAUUUUUAGAACAUCGAGUUCACUGUAUUAAGACGCGACUACAUAGUAAAUAAAGCAAGAACGACCCUUGGCACACGUAACGAAAUCCGAAUGCAAAGAAAAAACAAAAUAGACCAAAUAAAACUGAAGCUUGAAAAGAUUAAUUUAGAAAUUGACAAGUAUAAGAAAUAA